AAGAGCCCCGUGCUUCACGUCACCCUACUCAGUCCUCCUAGAGGAAUGCAUGCUUGAGCUCAGUGUGUUUCUAUCUGAAGGACAGAGCAUGUGUGGACAAUGGGGAUGCCAUGGUUGCUGGCGCUGGAACUCGUGCUGCAUGCUGGAUCGUUCAUGUGUGGAGUGAUAACGGCUGCCUCGGUCACCAUCACACAGGGUCACUUUGCAGGACAGUGCAUCCUCUAUGGCAGCAUCUACUUCAACACAUCUGACCAGUCCUUGACAAUAGAAAGCUCCAGUUCCCCAUCGGUCUGCUAUUUCGUGUCAGCCAUCUCCAUGUGUGAGGCCAUUUAUUGCUUCUCCCUCAUUCUCUACUGGAUCUACGCAAGCUGUGUGGAUGAUUACAUUAAAAGGAGAAGUGUUUGGCUGAAUGCGUCCCUCUGCAUGUGUGGACUCCUCCUCCUUUUUCUCUUGAUGUCAGGGUGUAUUCUGAGGAUUGGUAGAGACAACCUGUGUCUCUCUGUCCUUCACAACAACACCACCAUCAGUAGUUGUCAGGACGCGCAGAAUAUGACAUGGUCAAGUCCCUAUAUAGGAAGUGAAUUUUACAAACAACUGCACAGCGCUGAGAAAUCUGUGUGGGUGAGUUUCUUCUUCUGGCUGUUGGUUGUGGCGGUUGUGGUGGUGCAGAGACGACAGGCUCUUAGUGAGGAGGACCAAUGGAGCUGUGAUGAAACCGAGCCCUUCCUCCACCGCCCGGCUCGAGUCCUGUGAACCCCACCACACACCCACACCUCAACACCGGCCACAGAGGACUGACUAGAAGACACGUCUAAAAGAAAUUGGGAGAAUUAAAUUGUCUGAAAAGCUUAUUUGUUGUAUUUGUUUUCCGCUGUUUUUCAAGUUGAACUUGUCCUUUAAAAACUAUAUUCUGAAUAUUUUAGGAAUAUUUUGAUAAGAACACUAUGAGAUCGAUAUAAUUCAGUCAAUGGUGAAGUAAGAAUGAUGGAUUUUUUGAGCCGUGCCUUAGCCAGACUUAAAUGCAUAUUAAAGAAAUGGACUUACUUCCUAGAAAAAACAGAUUGAAACUCUGCAAGGGGAAGUACAAUAAAUGUAUUUAUUUAAAAUAUUGUAUUAAACGUGUUCUUUCAAAGCCGAACAUUCCUACCACAUGGAGUAUCUCCUGUACAUGGCACCUGUUAGUGGGUGGGAUAUAUUCGGCAGCAAGUCAACAUUUUGUCCUCAAAGUUGAUGUUAGAAGCAGGAAAAAUGGACAAGUGUAAGGAUUUGAGCGAGUUUGACCAAAAGGGCCAAAUUGUGAUGGCUAGACCACUGGAUCAGAGCAUCUCCAAAACUGCAGCUCUUGUGGGGUGUUCCCGGUCUGCAGUGGUCAGUAUCUAUCAAAAGUGUCCUUUAAGUCCUGUAAGUAUCCUAGCCUCCAUGGAGGCCUCACCUCGUUACUUACAUGACUUAAAAGAUCUGCUGCUUACAUCUUGGUGCCAGCCCACCUUCAGGGAUCUGGUGGAGUCCAUGCCUCCUCAGGUUAGGGCUGCACUGUGUAUUCUGACCCCUUUCUAUCAGAACCAGCCUUCACUCCCCACGUGCAUCGAUGAGCCUCGGCCGCCCAUGACCCUGUCGCCGGUUCACCACUGUUCCUUCCUUGGACCACUUUUGAUAGAUACUGACCACUGCAGACCGGGAACACCCCACAAGAGCUGCAGUUUUGGAGAUGCUCUGAUCCAGUGGUCUAGCCAUCACAAUUUUUUGGUCAAACUCGCUCAAAGCGGUGCUGAGGUAUUUCUCUUGCCAGAAAUGUAAUGCAAAAAAAAUUAAGUAAUGUUCAGUUUUCUGGUGUGGAAUAAAGACUUUGUUUAAAUUACUGAAAUAAUUUUCAGAGCCCUCGCAUCCCUCCAGUGUGAUUUGUAAUUGCGAUUAAAGUAAUUUUACAAGCCUU